GCAGCCAAGGUCACAACACUCAGUUACGCGCAUGUUUCUUCCGAUAAAAUUAUUAAAUUUAAAAAUUUCGAUUCAGUUCGCUUACAUAUUUCAUGUGGAAUCGUUUAUUCGGCCCCGUGAGGACAUAUAUUGCAAAAAUGCUGCCGGAAGUUGUCUUUGUCUUGGGUGCACCCGGCGCCGGUAAGGGAACUCAGUGUACUUUUAUAUCCAAAGAAUUUGGAUUUAUUCAUUUAUCGGCUGGCGAUUUACUACGAGAAGAGCGACAGAGGCCUGGCUCAGAAUAUGGUGAAAUGAUUGAGGAGAAAAUUCGCAACGGAGAGAUCGUACCAGUUGAGGUUACGUGUUCAUUAAUUCACAAAGCUAUGGAGAAGUCGGGAAAGUCGCGGUUUCUUAUUGAUGGGUUUCCGCGUAAUAAAGACAAUUUAGAGGGUUGGGAACGCGUUAUGUCCGAUAAAACGAAACUUCUUUUUGUGUUAUUUUUUGAGUGUUCGCGCGAUUUGUGCACCGAUAGGUGUUUAGGACGUGGCGCUGCUGGCAGCGGGCGUUCUGAUGACAAUAUCGAAAGUCUAAAGAAACGGUUCAAUACAUAUUUAAAUGAUACUAUGCCCAUUAUUGAUCAUUAUGACAAACAGGGCUUAGUAUGCAGGGUCAACGCUGAAGUGAGUCCACAAGAAGUAUUUGCAGAUGUAGAAAAAUGUUUCACAGCUUUAGGCAUACAAAGUAUAGAUAAGUAAAAUGUUUUAAGUAGGUCAAUGGCAAUGCGGCACUAUUGGUUUUAUGACAAACAUUGAGUAGCUUAACUAUUCCUCCAAAGAAAUAGAUUUAAUGAUUUCAUAUACAUUGUCAAAUUAUAAGUGUUCUAUGUAGUAUCAAAAUGUUAUCUUACUCACUAUUUUUGUAGUAAUUAUCUAGUGUCUGGCUAUUUAUAAUAUUACUUAAUAUGGUGUUUCUAAUACAUCUUGUAUAGCAAUUUGCUCAUGCCAAGUGCAAAAAAUGAUGUAUAAAAUAGAGGAAUUCAUUUCAAGGUAACAUAAUUUACAUGCAUGACUCAUUUUAAUGGGAAUACUUAGUGUAGAUAACAAUUGCUAUAACAGAUAAAUUCAAUCAAUUUAAGGGGAAAGGAUAACUUGAUUUAUCGUCAUUCUACUUUGAUAUUAUUAUAUUUAUUAUGCUGUCUUUACUUUUUUAGACUUAUUUGAUGUAUUAUAUGUAAAUAAAUAAUUAAGUUUAGUA